AUGAUCAUUCCUAAAACGUCAGUCUCCUUCCGAGGCCUGUCGCGCCAAAUAUUAUCGGCUCGCUUCAAUAGCACAGCGUCAUCAGCCCAACAAUGCAAGCGGCCAGGAUACGCCCACUUCGAAAUAGCUCAGUAUUUCAAUCGAAUCCACCUUUCUCCUACGCAGCGAAUCUUCUCCGUCAGCAACCUUACCUCUGUUCAACAACUAGCCUACCUUACCCUACUCAAGAAGCAUCAUCUUGUCAGCGUGCCUUACGAGAAUCUUCAGGCUCAUUACUCCUGGCACAGGGGGCUCUGUGUUUCGCCGACACGUCUUUUUGAGAAGAUCGUCCGCCACCGCCGCGGUGGUUGGUGCUUUGAGACGAACCAAUUGCUCAACACGGUCCUCCUGUCGCUGGGAUUCGACGUCAUUCUGGCAGGUUCGCGAGUCUUUGAGCCCUGCAACGGCAGAUUCGGCGGACUUGUGCAUUGCGUCAAUAUUGUCAAGAUCGGUGGCGUACACUAUUUGCUCGAUGUGGGCUUUGGUGGAUACGGUCCACCCCAGCCUGUACCAUUGCUCGAGGGAACGGGAGGCAUUGAACCGAACGGUCUACAGCACAUAGGACCUCGAGCGGAGAUGCGAGUAGUGAAACAGGCGAUUGCACAGCAGGUCGAUCAAACUAGGCGGCUAUGGGUAUAUCAGUUCCGGAGUGGCCCUGAUGAGGAGUGGCGGCCAAUGUGCUGUUUCAACUCGGACUUUGAGUUCCUGCCCGAGGAUAUCGAGAUCCUAAACACGCAUGGCAUGAGCCGCACAUGUUUCACAUCA